CCACAGUUUCGUGUUCCUCUCUGCCUUUUUUGUCGACUCCACUUCAUCAUCUGAGUUUGUUUCCCCACCCGAUAACGGAGGAUUAUCCUCGCAAUCUCGUCAUGUCGGAGGUGAACGAAAAGGUUUCUGAUGUCAAGCCUAAGACCAACACCGAAGAAAAGACUGAUCCAGCUGUGAAGAAAACUCCCUCUGAAUCAAGCUCCUCAAAUACCAAAUCUGGAGCAACACCUGCAAUACCAUCUAUGCCAGGAGCUGGAAUUCCUGCAAAUCCUUUUGACUUCUCAUCUAUGGCUGGUCUACUUAAUGAUCCAAGUGUAAAGGAAUUAGCUGAACAAAUAGCAAAAGAUCCAUCAUUCAACCAAAUGGCAGAGCAACUCCAGAAGACCUUUCAUGGAGGUGAAGCAGGAGGUCUCCCUCAAUUUGAUACACAACAAUACUAUUCCACCAUGCAACAGGUUAUGCAAAACCCUCAAUUCAUGAACAUGGCUGAACGCCUUGGAUCUGCCUUGAUGCAGGAUCCAUCAAUGUCUCAGAUGCUUGAGAGUUUAUCUAAUCCAGCUCAAAAGGAUCAGCUUGAAGAACGGAUGGCACGUAUCAAAGAAGAUCCUUCAUUGAAACAUAUUUUAGAUGAUAUAGAAACUGGUGGGCCCACUGCAAUGAUGAAGUACUGGAAUGACAAAGAUGUUCUGGCAAAACUUGGUGAAGCAAUGGGUCUUCCAGUGACAGGAGAUCCAACAGCUUUUGGUGGAAAUUCAGGAGCAGGUGAAGCUGAAGAAGAAGAAGAAGAAGUAAAUGAAGAUGACUCUAUUGUUCAUCAGACUGCUAGCACUGGUGAUGUGGAGGGUCUGAAGAAGGCAUUAGAGUCUGGUGCAGAUAAGGACGAGGAAGAUUCGGAAGGAAGGACAGCAUUGCAUUUUGCAUGUGGAUAUGGAGAGGUGAAAUGUGCUCAAGUUCUUCUUGAAGCUGGAGCCAAAGUUGAUGCUUUAGACAAGAAUAAAAACACCGCCCUUCACUAUGCUGCUGGUUAUGGAAGGAAAGAAUGUGUUGCUCUUUUGCUCGAUAACGGUGCUGCCGUUACGCUACAAAACAUGGACGGGAAGACGCCAAUCGAUGUUGCAAAACUGAACAACCAGAACGAUGUAUUGAAGCUGUUGGAAAAGGAUGCGUUCCUUUAAGUAUAAGCUUUUGAGGGUGUUGGUGACUGGUUUUUGGCAAGGGGAUUUGUUUCAUGCAAAGUUGGCGAAGAAGCGCCAAGUGAAAUAAAAGGGUGAUAGUUAGUUUUCACUAACUAACAAGCUGUUUCAGAUACGUGGGGAUUGCAUCCUCCGGAGUUCUACUAAAAAGCUUUGUAGGUAAGUGCCCAACCACGUCGACUCUCGCUC